AUGGUUAUGUCAGAAGCCGAAAGGACCAUGCUAGACAGCUUUAAGCCUUCCCAGCUUCUCCCAGCACCCGAGGGGACCGUAUUAAGUGAAUCAUGGGAUCGAAAGGUUGUCCGUAUCAGCGAAGACCGAGUUGUGAAGCUUGGCUUCAGUCUCAACCCCAGCGAAGCAGCGAACCUUCGGUUUGUUAAAGCCAAUACUACAAUCCCAGUCCCCAUGCCCUACGACUUUAUCUGGCAUAACGACAAGCUCAUAUCUAUUGAGAUGGACUAUAUGCCAGGAGAACCGCUUGACAAAGUUUGGGAUUCUAUGGACUCUACCCAACGACUUUCCAUCGCCAAUCAGCUACAAGGUUACAUAUCGCAGCUACGUGCAUUGAAAGGUGACUACAUCGGAGCUGCUGAGCGUGGGAAAGCCAUCUACGGUUGCCGUAUCUCAACUAAAUGCGGGCCGUUUGACUCUGAAAAGGCUUACAAUGAAUGGAGAUUGGCCGACGUGUAUGACGAUGUGAGAAAGACAGUAAAGCCAGCUAUAUCAUUUGCUUUACCAAACGAUCAUGAGAGCGUCUUCACCCAUAACGAUAUAAGUCCUCGAAAUAUCCAUGUCGAUGAAAGUGGCAAUAUCACGGCUAUCGUGGAUUGGGAAGCCAGCGGCUUCUACCCCGAAUAUCAAGAGUACGUCAGGUCGCUCGACCAGCUGGAUGACCCUGAUGGCUGGCAUGACUAUCACUCUAUCAUUUUCAAGGACAAAUAUGAGAGAGACUACAUCUUUUCUUCGUUUGUGAAGGACUGGACGCGACAUGAAUAA